AGCCAGACCACCCCACUGUCCUUGUCCUUCCCGGCUCCCAGGCCCCGUGAUGAGGGUUCUGGAAAUGUUCUCCUGACAGGGAGCAGAGAUAAGAAUCCGCUGGCAUCUUCUUCCGUAUGCCAGGCAUCCUUGGAGCUCUUCCCCAUGCAGCGAAGUUGGGGGUCCCGGGGUCACCUCCUGGCCCUUGGGGAAGGCGGCCUCAUGGCUUCGACUCCCCUCGGGGGGACGGUCCAGAUGCCCUGGCCACGGCGUGGACAGCGUGGCUCCUCCAUGCAGCUCUGCACGCGGGGAGAAGGCAGCUGUGUCCGCUGAACCCAGGACCCCUGCUUCCCCGCCCGUCCCCAGCACUCGGACAGACGGACAGAUGUCAGGCCUGACUGUGGCCCCCACGUCCCAACCUGCCCUGCGGGCAGUGCACGCUGGCGGCCCUGGCCCAGCUCUCUUCCCAGCUGCUGGCUUUGGCACCCCCUCCGGGGAGACACCAGGGAGGGCCUGAUGGGAAAGGAGAGAACUGGGGGGAGAGGGGGGGCGGGAGGAAAAGACAAAGGAAGGGGUGCGGCGAGUGGCCGGCGCCCAAGGGAGGAGUGACCUCAGCGCUGAAGCAGCAUCUGCUCGCGUCAGAGCAGGCGGGCGGCCAGGCCAGCUCCAGCACUGAGGUCCCUUUCUCUCCCUCUCCCCGCGUCCUAUCUGCCGCUCCUCUCCGGCGGCCACGGUGGCGGACCUGGGGCCUCAUUGGCCGGCCGGGUGCCGCGUCUGCAGCAUAAAUUGGAGCUCUGGGCUCUUGCUGGGACGUUCGGCUGCCCACAGCCUCCAGUCGCUCUUGCUGGGUGAUGGGAACCCCGAGUCCGGCUGCCCCCUGGGGCAGAGCCCUCUGGGCCCUGCUCCUGGCCACACUUGGCUGCUCGGCCGGCCAGCCGCUGGGGGGAGAGCCCAUGUGCACGGCCCAGCCCCUGGCCAAGUACAGCAUCACCUUCACGGGCAAGUGGAGCCAGGCAUCCUUCCCCAAGCAGUACCCGCUGUUCCGCCCACCCGCGCAGUGGUCAUCCCUGCUGGGGGCAGCGCACAGCCCCGACUACAGCCUGUGGAGGAAGGGCCAGUAUGUGAGCAAUGGGCUGAGGGACUUCGCGGAGCGCAGCGAGGCCUGGGCACUGAUGCGGGAGAUGGAAGCUGCCGGGGAGAAGCUGCAGAGUGUGCACGGCGUGUUCUCGGCCCCAGCCGUGCCCAGCGGCACCGGGCAGACGUCCGCGGAGUUUGAGGCCCACUCCAGGCACUCGCUCUUCGCGACCGUCCCGCAGGACACGGUGACCGAGAUCACGGCCUCCUCUCCCAGCCACCCCGCGAACUCCUUCUACUACCCGCGGCUUAAGUCCUUGCCUCCCAUCGCUACGGUGACCCUGGCGCGGCUCCCGCAGAGCCCCAGGGCCUUCCCGCCCGCCCCGGGCCUCGGGGGCGGGGGCAACGAGCUCGCCUACAGCCUGCCAGCUCCGGAGACGCCGCUGGACUGCGAGGUGUCGCUGUGGUCGUCCUGGGGGCUGUGCGCAGGCCCGUGCGGGCGGCCCGGGGCCAAGAGCAGGACGCGCUACGUCCGUGCGCGGCCCGCCAACCACGGGGCGCCCUGCCCGGGGCUGGAGGAGGAGGCCCCGUGCGUCCCCGACAACUGCGUCUGACGCCGGGGCCUCCGAGCCCCCUGAGCCCCGCCGCCGGCGACCUCCGCGCAGAGACUGGCACCUGGCCCGGCGGCCGCGCUGCACGAGAGGCACACCCCGGCCGUGAAAUACCUCAGACCUGGUCGCCAGGCAGCCGCCCGGGGCCGCCGGGUCGCCGGCGCGAGACCAACACCUGCCUCCUCGCGUUCCCAUCCCAGCUCUUGAAUAAAGACCAGCAGGAGACCUGA